UGUAAGACUUUGAACACUUUUUGGUUUGAUGUGCCUGCAAUGCAGUUCGCGGAUUUAAACUGAAGGUUAAUUUGGCCUUUAAAUUGAUGAAUCUCAUUAUCACAGUCUGGAUUAUGAUUACUUAUGUGUUUGUUAAUGUCUUUCACUUUGUACCAGGGGCGGACUGACAAUUCAUGGGGCCCCCGGGCAAUAGGGGAUCAUGGGGCCCCUGUGUCCUUGCCCAAACUCAAAAAAGCCUAUGAAAAAGGUUCCAGGGGCAUCUCAUGGGGCCCCCUACUGACCCCGGGCCCUCGGGCAGUGCCCGAGUUUCCAAAUGGUCAGUCCGCCCCUGCU